GGACCUCCUCCUCCUCCUCCUCCUCCUCCUCCUCCUCCUCGUCCUCCCUUCUCCUCGCUGGCCUUUCUGCGUCUUGAGAUCCGAGUUGAACCACCUUUGCUCCAGGAUGAGCUCCAGACCUCCCGUCCUCCUCCUGCUGCUCCUCACCGGCCUCCUGCUCAUCUGGCCGUGUGCCAGGGGACAGUCGUCGUGGCUCAUAGACACCGUCGGCCUCAGCGUCCUACCCAGCAGCACGGUGCAGAGCGGGACCACGGUGAGGAUACGCUGCCGGGUCAUCGUGAGCCACAGCGACAGCCCCGACCUGACCCACACUUUCCAGAUCACACGGAACGGAGCCGACGUCCACACCCUGGACACCACCAAGGACUCGGUGGAAUACGUGCUCAACCAGACCCGGGCGGCCGACUCUGGGACCUACAGGUGUCACGUCACAGUCAGGGGCAAGCAAAGGACGAAGGACAAAUCCAGCACCGAGACGAAGCUCAACGUCAUAGGUCUGCAGACCCCCACUCUGCAUCUGGAUAACCCGUCGCCGUAUGAGAAUGAGGAGUUCAAGGCCACCUGCAGAGCUCCAGGUGAGAAGGGGAGCCUCUUGUUCAGGUUCUACCAGAGAUUGAAGCACAGAGAGCCUCAGCUGAUAUACGAGGUAAUGUCCAGCGGCAACACGGUGAAGACCACGUUGGCCCUGAGUCACAUCGGAGAGGCUUCUCUUUACUGCGACUGUGGGAUCAGGUUGACUUCUGGGACUCAGCGCUCAAACAGCAGCACGGAGAUUCAAGUGUUGGUCAGAGCGCUCAACAUUACCCCGAUCAUGACCGUGAUUCCCUCGACUGACGUCUACGAGGGGGAUGUUCUUGAAGUGACCUGUAAAGUGGAGUACAAGGCGAGGGAGGGGGACAACUUCGAGUUGUUCCUGAAGAAGGGCGGCAGGAUCCUCAAAUCAACCAAUAUCACAAUACUCAUUCAUCGGCUUCUCGUCCAGGAGAACCUCUCUGGGGAGCUCGAGUGCAAAGCAGAGCGGGGCAAUGUGCAGAAGGAAACCUAUAUACCGAUCACAGCCAAAGAGCGGUUUUCAAAGCCUCGACUGACUGUGUGGCCCGAGGAGAUAUUCGAAGGAGACGAGUUCAGAGUGACCUGCACCGUCUCCAUUAACGACACAGAGAAAGUCACGAACAUGAGAACCUACCUCUACGUAAAUGGCGUCAAAGUCGCAGACAACGCGUCGUAUUCCGUCACGGCAAACGCUAAAACGAACGGCAACUACACCUGCAGAGCUCAGCCUGGCGUUCCGCUGGACACAAUCAUUAAGGAGAGUGAAGCGAAGGUCGUUAAAGCCAAAGUUCCCGUUUCCAGUCCCGUGCUGAGGGUGGUCGGGGAUACGCUGGUGUUGGGAAAACAGUUCCAGCUCCUCUGUCACAGUCAGAACGGCACCCUGCCCAUCACGUACAUCCUGCACGGCCCCAACAGGGAGACUCAGAUCAGGAACGUGAACAAACCGGGGGAAGCGGUCGUCUUCAACACCUCGGCCAUCUUCAAGAGCACGGACCUCAGCAGCUUCCUUUGCCGAGCUAGGAACAGCGAAAACAGGCCGACCGUCGUCUCCGGACAGCAGCUGCUACGUUCAACCACCAUCAUAGAGCCCGUGUCCAAACCGGUGCUGAGCGUCCGUCCCGACGUGUCGGGCAUCUCUGAGGGGAACAACGUGACUCUCCUGUGCUCCCUCCAGAGAGGAAGCGCCCCCAUCAACUUCACCUGGUACAACGUGGAGAAUAAGCGCCCGCUCUACUCAGAGACGUCCAAUAAACUGGAGGGAACCUACCGCUUAAACCACGUCCACAGGCUGCAGGGCGGGAAAUACUUCUGCGUGAGCACGAACCCGGCACACGAACCGAAGCAGAGCAACGCCGUCACCAUCUCAGUGAAGCUUGCAGCCUGGAAGAGAGGUCUCAUCGCCGUCUCCUGCAUCCUCUUCUUACUGAUCUUGCUCCUGGUGUUUGCCUUCAAAACACGUCUCCUUCACUUCAAGAGGAAAAGAACUGGCAACCUGUCAGUGAAGUCGGUCGGCACAAAGGCCGAGCGGCUGAGCCUCACCCAGGCCGAGGUCAACGAGGCGGCCAACGUCACUCCCGGCAUGAUGGGGAAAAGCAUCUGGAGUGAACAUCUAUCAGGCUCUGACUCCGACGAGCAGAACAAUCCAGAGAAAACAGAGGUGCAGUACGCUGAGGUGCAGGCGAGACGGGCAGAUCCUAACAGAGUUCCAGAAAGAGUGGACACGGCCACGGUCUACAGCGAAGUACGUAACUCCCAGCAAGGUGUUCCAGAUCCGGCCGAUAGCGUGCCGGUGGAGUACGCACAGCUGAAUUGUGACGCCGACGGCCACAGUGACCACGGUAACCACGGCAUCCACGGUAACCACGGCGACCACGACCACGGCGGCAACGACGGACCCGCGGGAGAGGACGAAAGCAGCGGAGAGGUCAGCGUUGAUGUCGCUGACCAGGGGGAGUGAAACCCUCAUUUAUCCGUCUUGUUUUUUUUAAAUGUUAAGCAGUUUUGUACAUUACAUUAUUUUAUAUAUAUAUAUAUAUAUAUAUAUAUAAAUAUAUAUAUAAUGCUUUGAGUAAAAACUUUCCACACUGUACAGUCACAUGCUUUGGAUUUGAAGAGUAAAUAAAGAGUUUUUUUUAAAGUG